ACGACUUCCCCUCACUCACGGCCGGUGGACCUGUGGUCCCUCUACCCCAGCGGCAGCGGGCCUCAGAUCCUGCCCGCCUCUGUCUGCAACACCUCUGCCGUGACCUUUGCACCGCUCCAGACUGUUUUCCUGGACCCAGGAACCUGCAGCUCACUUUCACUCGCUGCUGCCCGUCUGACUCUCGCCAUGUGCACCGGAAAGUGUGCCCGCUGUGUGGGGCUCUGGCUCAUCCUCCUCUCCCUGGGCUGCAUCGUGGCCAAUGCCCUCCUGCUGGUGCCUAAUGGGAAGACCACCUGGACCCAAAACCACCUCAGCUUACAAGUCUGGCUCAUGGCUGGCUUCGUCGGAGGUGGACUGAUGGUGCUGUGUCCUGGAAUCGCAGCCGUUCGAGCAGGGGGCAAGGGCUGCUGCGGCGCAGGAUGCUGUGGAAACCGCUGUAGAAUGCUACGUUCAGUCUUCUGCUCAGCCUUCGGAUUGCUUGGUGCCAUCUACUGUCUCUCCGUGUCAGGAACCGGGCUCCGAAUUGGACCCAAGUGCUUAAUGAAGGGCGAGUGGGGCUACCACUUCAAGGAAACCUCAGGCGGUUACUUGUUCAACAAAACUCAGUGGAAUUUGUGUGAGGAGCCACCUAACGUGGUCGCCUGGAACGUGACACUGUUCUCCUUGCUCACGGCUGCUUCCGGCUUGGAGAUCAUACUCUGUGGGAUACAGCUGAUAAACGCGACCCUUGGUGUCUUCUGUGGAGACUGCAGGAAAAAGGGCGCAGCUGAGUGAGGAUCCACUGGCCUGGAGUGGAGUCUGCUUGUUUUGGAGGCCUGCCGGGCCUUCCCUCUUCUUGGCUCUUUGUAAUAAACUCUCUUGCGCUCCCUUCCCAGUCUCAGAUCGUGCCCUGUGCGAGGCCGAUCAGAGAGACUGAAGCCUGUGAUCCUACUGCACCUACCCUGCCUGUUAUUCUCACAACAUAGUUAAGGAGCUACUCAGGUGCGCAGAAAAUACGGACAAGUUCUGUGCUCUUCAAAAACUUUACAGAGAGCCGGGCGUGGUGGCUCACGCCUGUAAUCCCAGCACUCGGGAGGCUGAGACAGGAAAAUCAAAAGUUUGCGGUCACCCGAGACUAUACAGUGAGACUGUCUCAAAAAACAGCAAUAAAAGUACUAUGGAUUUGGGGGGAUGGAGACGAUGGAGAAAUGGAGGGCGGGGCUGGAGCCGGAAAUUGGUCACACAUUUGGGAGAGGCAAGCCACUGAACAAGCUGCUUCCCUUGCCAGAACACCAAGCCCCAGACAAAGGACGUCACAGUCUGCCUAGGGUGUAAAUUAAACGCACCCUGGUGGUUGAGCAGGUCCUUUCCUGCCAUCCAGGGAGGCUUUCACCUGA